AUUCAGACAUGCACUUUGGGUUCUCUCUGUGAUCCUAAAUAAAGCAAGAGUGUGUGUUUGUGUGUAAAUUUGCAUGCCUGAAGGUGUAACCACAGACACACACAUGCACACACACUGUAACAGGUAAAACGGGUAGAACUUGGCCUAACACAACUUCCAAUAGCAAAAUAAAGUGCAAAGGUGGCACCACCUACUCUACAAAAUCCUCCUCAAUCGGUAGAGACACCUCUGGUAGGAGGAACAGGAGAGACAGACAGCAGGUAAAGGAAAGGAAGAUACCAUGGCAACUCCUUCAGAUCAGAAUGUGGAGUUUGUGCGAACAGGCUACGGCAAGAACACAGUGAAGGUGCUGGUGAUCAGGAGAGAGGGCAGCCGCCACUUCAUCAUCGAGCUGAAAGCUGACGUGGAGCUCACACUUAAAUCGCAGAAAGAUUAUCUAACUGGAGACAACUCAGACAUCAUCCCCACCGACACCAUCAAGAACACCGUCCAUGCCCUGGCCAAGCUUAAGGGGGUGAAGACCAUCGAGCAGUUUUCUAUGGAUAUCUGUCUUCAUUUCCUGACCUCCUUCAACCAUGUGCUGAGGGCCAAAGUUUACAUGGAGGAGGCUCCAUGGAGAAGGUUGGAGAAGAAUGGGGUAGAGCAUGUUCAUGCAUUUAUCUAUAGCCCAGAAGCAUGUCGCUUCUGUGAUGUUGAACAGACUCUCAAUGGCAUUCCAAUAGUUCACAGUGGGGUGAAGAACAUGACAGUGCUAAAAACCACCCAGUCUGGUUUUGAGGGUUUCUACCAAGACCGCUUCACAACUCUGAAAGAGACCAAGGACAGGUGUUUCUGCACCUCUGUCUAUGCUAGGUGGCGCUACAACAAGAGUCAUGAUAUUGACUUUGAUGCUGCAUGGAAGUGUGUGAAGGAGACAAUUAUUGAGAAGUUUGCUGGCCCCUACGACUGUGGAGAGUUCUCACCCUCUGUGCAGAAGACCCUUUAUGAAACACAGGUUCUGGCCCUGCAUAGAGUUCCUGAGGUUGAUGAAAUAGAGAUAGUCAUGCCCAACCAGCAUUACAUCACUAUAGACAUGACAAAAAUGGGCCUCGGUUCUUCUUGCCUUGGAUAACCCUGCGGGCAACAUCACAGGGACAGUGCGCAGGAAACUGCAAGCCAAGCUGUGAAGGCACCAACACGUUCAGGAAAUGCUGCUGCUGCAAUCUAUCAAUCUGAAUAAGUUACUUAAAAGAAAAGUAACAACAGUUACCUUCAAAUAUUUUGUCAGAAUAACACUACACUGCAACUCAAGAUUUUCUCAAAUAUGAAGCAUUGUCCUUUUUAAUGUAAGUAAAUAAAGUUAAAUAAAUGAA